AGAGUAAGACAAAAAACUUCACACAAAAAGUUCAUUGUCUCUUUAAACCUCCACUCGCUCUGCCUCUCUCACUUUAACAAAUUCAGAACCAGGAAGCUCACUUCAGAGCAACAGACUAAAAACUCUGAACACAGAAACAAAUUGUGAUAUUUUAGUAGAUCUGGUUUCAGAGUAGAGCCCUGAAGUCCAAGCUGCUAAAACUGGAAGAGUGUGAUUUCUGAACUUGGAGAAAUCCAUGGAAUUGUGUUUGGAGAGACUGCCAUCUUACUGUGAAUCUCAUCUUAAUGCUCAUUAUCAGUCUCAAUAUCUGUCUUUGAGAAUUGCAAUUUUGCCAAAAAGGCUUUGGAAAAGUAAAAGAGAAGAUCUGCUUCAUCUUCAUCUGUUAUUUGUGUAUGGUGGGUGAACACAGAGGUCACCGUACUGUAAAGAGGCGAGAACUAAAAAGAGUGAGCUAAAGGAGGAGCUGAAAUAGGCUGUGAACACUUUCGACAUGGAAACAUCACCCGUAGAAGCUGCAGCAGUUCAGAUGAUUUUACCCUCAGAACCAAAGAGCAGAGAAGAUUUUCUGCACCAUUUCUGUGAUCUGACUCUGGAUCCUGACACCGCACAUAAUCACCUCACUCUGUCUGAGAAGAACAGAGCGGUGACAUUUAGGGUGAGAGAGCAGCCGUACUCUGAUCAUCCUGAGAGAUUUGACUGCUGGUUGCAGGUGUUGAGUAAGGAGAGCAUGUGUGGACACUGUUACUGGGAGGUGGAGUGGAGUAGUCAUGGAUGGAUUUACAUAGCAGUCUCAUAUAAAGGAAUCAGCAGGAAAGGAGUGAGUGAUGACUGUGGCUUUGGAUACAAUGAUCAGUCCUGGAGUCUGCAGUGUUCUCCGUCUAAACUCUGCUUCUGUCACAACAACAUUGAGACUGAGCUCGGAGUUCCAUCAUCCUCCAGAAUAGGAGUGUAUGUGGAUCACAGUGCAGGAACUCUGUCCUUCUACAGCGUCUCUGACACGAUGAAGCUCCUCCACAGAGUCCACACCACAUUCACUCAGCCUCUAUACGCUGGAUUCUGGAUGCCUUACUACGGAACAACUGUGAGAUUAUGUGAUCCAGAGUGAAUAAUAAUGUUAUUUUUAGUAAAAUUACCCAGGACUCAUCGUUACACUGCAAUCAACCUGCUUUAUUUUUCCUAAGUAAAGAAAUUUAACAUACACAAGUGUGUGGAUCAUUUUCUGUCAUUUCUCUUCCCUUCAUGUGAAUGAAGUCUUAAGCGUGCAUAUUUAAUCGUUUAGCUGAUGAUGAAUGGGAAAGUCGAAGAACACAAACAUAGCU